GUUUCGGGCCAGGGAAAUGAGUCGUUAUAGCGAUCGAGAGACGAUGAGUCCACUUUCCAAGGCUGAUCUUGGGAGAAGUGGUAAUGGGACGGUGGCGAGUCCUACGCCGGUGACAAAGACGACGCCUGGCUUUCAGCUCAAACCGACAAUCGUUGCGACCUUGUCAAGUCAAGAGGCAGGAGGAUGCUACGACUCCUUUGUAACAGGCAUAGAGUCGGCGUCGACUGUCCAGACCAACUCUUCCACAAGAGUAAUAACAGCAUCCUCCUGCCCCUCCGCCACCAUCUCCUCAUCCUCCACCACCACGUCAGCGGCAUUCACCACGCCGCUUCACCACACAAACUACUCGACACCAGCAAUCACCACAUCCUCGCCAACACUCAAUGUCGCAGGCAUCCCCACACAGACUUGGGAAACACGAGCCUCUUCCUCACCAGCAGUGCUGAUCUCGACCGCCACAGCAGUCCCCACACGGGACCAAAGCGAAGAGAUGCCCGUGGGGACAAAGGUAGGCCUAGCCAUGAUACCCAUUACUGUCGGUAUCUGCGCAUGGGCCAUGGUCCUGCUGUUCCUGUGGCGACGACGCAAAGCACAACAAUCACACCAGCGCCUCAUGUCCAUCUCAUCUCGGCCUGAGAAAAACUACUCGCAUCUGCUGCCAUCGCUGGGCAGUACUUUCAGGGCGAGCCGGGUCUUCACCAUGACUGCUUUUCAUAGCCAGGACACUGAAAGCCAGAGGACACAGAUCACUAGUGAGUCAUUUGGGGGCGGCGUACACGCGCUUACUUGCGACCAAGUGGCCACCCGCGGAAGAACAAUGGCAACAUCACCGCCACGGAGCACUUCAAACCCAGGAAGGAGAAAGACGCCUUCGAAUGCAGACUCGCCAAUCGACGAGUCAAGUCCCUUCCGACUCACGCGCGAGGGCACCAGGCGAAACAGCUUGGGAGCGGAGAUCUCUCAUUUGUGGCCGGCGCCGCCGCCAUCGGCCUGGACCAAGCGACAGGAAGUCCUCGAACAGCUGCCUUCAUCGAGGUUUGGGCGCGACAUGAGCUUGCCAAGAUCGCUGCGUCCCAGUAGGCGGAGUUCGCAGAGUCCACCGCGCUCCAUGCGGUCCAUUAAAAAACCUGCCAUCGGCGAAUCCUGGCCUUUGCUAUAGUCAAUCGCUACAAGCAGCCGAGUAAGCUCUUUUUUAAUGUUUUGUUAUGAUAAUGACGGUCGGUCCUCAGAACGUUUCACUAUACCCCCCCAUCUGGAUUCAGGC